AUGUCUCCUCCAGGGCAUUUAAGUUCCCUUAUACAUAAUGAUCGAUAGCAAAGCAACAUUUCAAGGAAAGAAGUAAUCCUUUAAAACAUUAUUAGCAAGAUUUGUAAUUCACUUAUGAACAAGGAUUCUAGAAUUAACUCUGAAUACUUGCUGAAAGUUACAACAUAAUAAGUUAGCUAUGCAAUGCAAAACUAAAAGCUUGUAACCCCUAAAGAUAUUAGCGAUCUAGAAGAUAGAAUUUUAAAGAUUAUUACUAAAGAAGAAAAUAUUAUCUAAAAUAAGAGUAUAUUCAUUAACUAAAAGCAUCAUUACCUAAGUAAUAUGGAAGGUGAUAAAAAUAAUCACAGCAAUGAAGAUUUUCAUUAAAAAUCUAAGUAAAUGAUAUAAUCACCAUUUAACUUCAAUAAAAAUACACUACUUGCAUAAACAUCAUAUUAAAAAUCCUUUACUCUUUCAUAAAAUCCUAAUUAACAAGUAAUCCAGGCAACACCCUAGAGUACUAGUUUAUGGUUCAAAGACUUUGGUGUUUAGGAUUCCCUUAAAAAUAUCAUUCAAGAAUAACAUCGCUAAGAGAUAAGUGACUUUCUAAAAUUUUAAGUAAGAAACUAAGAGAAUGAGAUGAUGAAAAACUUUAGAAAUGAUUAACUUUACAUUGGUAGAGUAAUGAGUCAAAACAGAGAAUAGAGAAAUCAAGAACGAGUAGAUAGCUAGAAACGUAAACAAAUAUUAACUGAAGAAUCAAGAAAAAUAGAGUAAUAAUAUAAAGAAGAUUUGAUCAGAUUAAGGUAGUAGAAAGAUAAAGAGUAUCAAUUAGAGCAGAAAUUGAUUGAGCAAAAUUAACUAGAAAUUUAAAGGGAAAGAAUGAAUAAUCUCAAGAAGAAAUAUAAUAACAUUAAUGUUUAAGAAGUUUUAAAAUAAUAGAUGAACUAACAAGAUGAUUAGAUGGCUUCUCAAAGAAAUCACAGUAUCAAUCAUGAUAAUGAAUUUCUCUCUCACAUAAAAACUAACAGUCUUUCAAAAUCGAACACCCUAAGAUCUGGUACUUAGAUAUAGGGAACAAAUAAUAAGACAUUGCUUGACCAUUUCUUUCACAAUAGAGAUUAACCUCAUAAGUCAUAUGAACUAGCUUAGAAAAACUAAGUAUUUUCAGAUAAAAUGCUAGAAUAAUUGGAGAAGUAACAUUAAGAUAAAAUGAUGAGUGAGAAUUCAAGAUUAUAAAAGUACUAAUCAGAGAUCGCUCUAAAUCAAUAAAAGAAAGAUGAAUAAGCAUAACAAAGAAAGAGAGAAAUGCUUAAGAUUGCAUAGGAAAUGCAAAAGAAAUAAAUGAUAGAGAAAAAAGACAAAGUCAAAGUUGAGGUGGUAAAUGAUAAAGCAAGAAGAAGAUUACUUGAAAGAGAUGCAGUUGAUUAUGGAUCUUAGGAGAUUUAAGUAGUAGAAUAGCAAAGAAGCAAAGAGAGAGAUAACAGAAAAUUAGUUAAAGAAUAGAUAAAAGAGCAAACAAUCAUUAGACUUAAUGAGUCUAUUAUGUGA